AUUAUAUUUACACUUUAAAUUACAUUAUUACAUCGUUAUGGCUCGUUCACUUUCACAAGAUAAGCAAAAUAACAUCAAAUUUUUAUUGCAAUCAGGUUGUUCAUAUUCUGUAAUCAUGAAACGUAUUCCAGGUGUCAAAAAGAGUACGAUUUGUGACAUAAGAAAAGGUUUUUCCCUGAAUGAAAAGCUACAUCUAGUGGUAAAAAGACAGUUGCACUAUGGCGGAAAAUAUGGUAGAAAA